AUGAACGAUGAGGAGCUGGAGGAGCUCUUCUCCAUCAGUCAGUACGCCACCACCACCACCACCAGCAACACCGCAGCGACCUCCACAGCAAAGCUGCAUAAUAACGAUUCGGUCAACACAGUCCAGAGUGAUGGCAGCCGCAAAAGACCAGCUUCUUCCGUGGUCUCAUCCCUCCCUGUCACGUUGCCUAUACCACCUGAUAUUGAAUCAAAGCUCUUUGACUACCAGAAGGAAGGAAUUAGUUGGCUGUAUGAAAGGCAUCGAAAGGGCCGUGGUUGUCUUCUCGCGGAUGAAAUGGGGCUUGGAAAGACUGUGCAAAUUGCCACCUUUCUUGGCGCGCUGUACAUGAGCAAGCUGGCCACAAGCGCCAUUAUAAUCCUGCCGCCCACGUUAUUGCCCUUAUGGGAGUCGGCACUUCAACAGUGGGGACGCCUGGGACCACCCGUUGUGGAGGUGAUUCACAGCGAUGCCAAGGUCAAGCGGCUUCAGCGGUGGCAACGGCUGAAGCACGGUACUACAUGCCUUUUUCUUACAACCUACGGGGUGCUACGGCAGGACAGCAACUCCAUGGGGGCGCGCAUGGUCGACUACGUGAUUAUGGACGAGGCGCACCUGAUUAAGGACGCCUCCACGCAGGUGUUUCGGAGUGCCAUGGCUUUGUCGGCGCGUCAUCGCAUCGCCAUUACGGGAACACCGUUAAUGAACAACUUUGAGGACCUCUGGAGUAUCUUUCAAUUCAUUGACGGCUCUAUUUUUGGGACCACGCGGGCCGACUUUCGCGCCAUUAACGGCGUGCUAUUGCGCGGCAACGAACGCGAUGCGCUUGAGAAGGAGCGGGGAGACGCGGGAAGGCAGCUGGCGCUCAUCCAGGCGGCCAUACGCCCCUUCAUGCUUCGCCGCGAUAAACGCGAGGUGCGGAUGCUGCCUGUUGGAAAGCGGGACCUUAUUGUUUGGCUGUGCCUCAAUGAAACGCAGGAGCGGCAGUAUGUCGCGUAUGUCGACAGUGAAGGCGUGGACGUGACUCUUCGAAAUACUGACGCUGCAGAGCCGCUUGUUCUUCUCACGGCGCUGAUGCGGACAUGCGACCAUCCGUGGCUCAAUCUUAGCGAUGAGGUGUAUCGAGAAGCCAUGCGGCAUCCACUGGCGUGCCCCGAGGCAAACACCAACUGCGGUGAUGCACUCAAUAGUGCAAAGAUUGCCGCAGCCCUUGCGUUGGUUGUGAAGUGCAUUGGAGAGCAGCGCAAGACCCUAGUUUUCUCGCGAUCCAAGCGUCUGUUAGACCUUCUAGCCGUUGCGCUACGCUGCUGGUGGAUUGACUUUGCGCGACUGGACGGCGAUGUGCCGGCGGGGGAUCGGAUGAGCACCGUCCAGGCGUUCAAUGAGACUGCACGGGUGUGGGUGUGUCUGCUAACCACGCAGGUUGGCGGCGUUGGUCUUACGGUCGAGGCUGCUUCCGCCGUCAUCUUGAUGGACCCAAGCUGGAACCCGUCCUCGGACGCGCAGGCAAUUGACCGCGUCCACCGCAUCGGCCAGAUACGCGAGGUGGUCGUCUACCGCCUUAUCACCUGCGGUACUGUGGAGGAGAAGGUGUACCGCAACCAGAUCUUCAAGGUAAUGGCGGCAAAGCAAAGCACCUCCGUAGGCGCGCAAGCAGACCAGGAGGGAGGAGCGGAGUUCUACCGCUAUUUUACCCGCCUGCAGCUACGCAGUAUGUUUGAUGUGGGCACGCUGAACUGCAGCGAGACCGCGGCACAGUUAGACGCCCUGCACCCCAACGCCGUGUCUCCUGAGGAGCGCGCGGCGUUGACCGCACUGCCGUUCGUCUGCGACGUCAGCGACAAUAGUUGUGUCCACGUUGAGGCGGUGGUGAAGACGGAGCAGGAGUCCGACACCACCCUCACCACCACUGCCGCACGUCGCUGUGGUGUAAAACGCCGGCGACCCGCAAGUCCAUCACCGUCAGUUUCAAAGGAAAGCCUCCACGAGCCGCUAAGCCAGGAGGAGGUGUCGGAGAUCCUUCUCCAGCUGGAGGCGGAGGCCACAGGCAGUCAACCCACCACUGAGCGGUUGCUGACCUACGACGAUGUGACGAUACUGACGGCGUCCUCCGCUGGCAGACCGUCAGCAGAGUGA